UUCUUUUUUUCUUUAAUAAAAAGAGCUGGACUUCAAGCUGGAUGUUUAUCCAAAUUGAGUUAUGCAUCUUGCAGUGAUGAUCUCAUUUCUUUUGGUAUCACAUCACCUCUAGCUGUUAGUGACUUUUGAACUUCCCUUAUCUUGAGGCUUUAAAUAUCCAGAAACUGGCCCAAGAUUUCAAGAAAACGAAAACGAACAAAAAAAGGAGCUCUUUAUAUUACCCAAUCAAAGGUUUUCAAAACGAUGUAAGAUAAAUUUUUCAUUCAUUGACAUAUAAUUGGUCCGACUUGAACAUUUUUUGUCUCCAUCAUCGGCUUCGCAUGAUCCAUAACAGCAAAAUAAAAAUAUCCAUUCAUUGACCCAUCACUCUUCUCAACACCUCUGCACCACACAAAUUUUAUUCCCUGCACAGCCCCUCCUUGCGUUGUCUGUGUCUUUGGGUCCGUGUGUAUGCAUGUGCGCCUGCAUGUAUAUUCCAUCGGCUCGCUGUAUACAGUUUUUCAGGGAUCGAAAAACAUACCAUGAGACUCCUAAUAUCAUUAGUUCUUUUGAUCUCUCAGUUGAUCCUUACUGCUUCAGAAAAUGCAUCAUCAUCAGUAACCGAAUUCAAGCCGGUUGAACCAACUGGGUACCGGCUAAUUGAGACAUCGAUGAUGAUAACGGCGUUGGCGAAUGAUACUGCGCGACGACGAAGGUUAGCACCCUUUCAGUUGUGCUUGCUGUGCAAGUGCUGUGCUGCACCUGCUGCAACCACAUGUUCUACUAUGCCUUGCUGCUUUGGUAUCGAUUGCCAGCUUCCUAAUAAGCCUUAUGGGGUUUGUGCUUUUGUACCCAAGACAUGUAAUUGUACCUCUUGUGCCGUUUAAUGCUUAAUUUUUCAUUUAAAUUAUUUUUCUUCCCAAUUCCAACUGUACUCAGAUUCUCUGCCAUUAGAGAUGUUAGUUACUGUAUAAAAAAAAAAUAGUUGCUGAUAUUGAUAGCAAUAUAUAAGGAUUGUACAUGAAGAUUUUCUCUAGUUCUUUCUUGCUAUUAGAAAUCAGUGGAUCUUUGAUUUCCUUUUUGGUGAAUUUGAGGAUUGUAUUGUCAUAGAGAUAUGAUGUUCAAUUAGGAUUUGUUCUUCAAUAUUU